AUGAUGGAAUUAGUGGUGCCUCAACCAAAUUUAUCCGUUAUCAUUGCUUUAAAUGUUGAAUGGUGUAAUUACUACAAACCCGCGACAUUGCAUCUUUGCAUCGAUAAGAAGUGCCUUAUCGUGCAACUCAUCUACAUUGACAAAUUGCCUCUUUCUCUCAAGAACUUUCUCAUGAACCCUAAUUUCUUUUUUGUGGGAUUUUCAUUUGCUGAAGAUAUUUCUAAGAUUAAUAAUGAGCAUGGUCUCAAUUGUGGUGGUGUUCGUGCCGAUAUUAAGGACCUUGCGGUAAGAAAAUGGCCCGUCCGGUGGAAUCGGUCGUCGCUGACUUUGAAGGAUCUAGCUAUGGAUGUGGUUGGUUUGAGUAUAAAGAAGCCUAACAUUGUGAGUUUGAGCAAUUGGGACAUUAGGGUUUUGAGCAUUGAGCAAGUUGAGUAUGGAUGCAUCGAUGCCUAUGUUUCUUACAAGGUUGGUCAGAAGCUUCUCAGGGAUGAUUGA